AUGUUCCCCGCUCGUCUUCUACGCUCUUCUUCUCGAUUGAUCCCGCUCACCGCUCCCGCUCGGUUAACUACUCCUUUCUCCUCCGUGUCUUCUCGGUUUACCCCCAGAACUACCACUUUCAAACCCCAACAACAACUCACCUCGACUCCUCGAACAUACUCCACCAUGGCUGACCACGGCAACGUUAUCCCCAUCAAGACCGAGGCCGAAUUCAACGAAAAGGUUAAGAACUCUACCGGCCUCGUCGUCGUCGACUGCUACGCCACCUGGUGCGGUCCCUGCCGCGCCAUCGCCCCCCGCGUCGCCCAGCUCUCCGUCGAACACUCCGCCGCCAAGUUCUACCAGAUCGACGUCGACGAGCUGAGCAACGUCGCUGCCGACCUGGGCAUUCGCGCGAUGCCAACCUUCAUUUUGUACAAGAACGGGGAGAGACUCGCUGGUGCGGAUGUUGUGGGCGCUAAUGCGAAUGCGUUGGAGCAAGCUGUUAAGACGAACAUUGCAUAG